CAGGCAUCGGGCCCCCAGGUGGGGCGGCAGGUGCCGGGCCCUCAGGCAGAGCGACAGGCAUUGGGCCCCCAGGAGGGGCGACAGGCAUCGGGCCCCCAGGAGGGGCGACAGGCAUCGGGCCCUCAGGAGGGGCGACAGGCACCGGGCCCCCAGGCGGAGCAACAGGCAUCGGGCCCCCAGGCGGAGCGGGGGGCGCCGGGCCCCCAGGCGGAGCGGCGGGCACCGAGCCCCCAGGCGGAGCGGCGGAGCGGUGGGCACCGGGUCAUCAGGCACGACAACGGGCAUCGGGUCACCAGGCAUCAGGUCAUUUGGCUCGACAGCGGGCACCGCGUCAUCUGGCACGGCAGUGGGCACCGAGUCACCAGGCAUGACAGUGGGCUCUGA